GCCCUCCUCGGGGGGUGGCCGGGAGAUAUUCGGGGGUUUCUGGCGUCGCGCCCUUCCAGAACAGAAUUUCCCUCAUCCCGAUGCCGCACGAUUUUCUCAGAGUCGUUUAGCGACGUAAAAUCAUCUCCGCUUCAUGCUUUCGCAGAAUAUUUUCUUUACGAAAGAAAUCUCGACGCGCGACAUUCCGUUAAAGUAAUAGAUGAUUAUUAUCGAAUUAAUUCAGCUCGUCUUACAUCCCGCGCGCGCUUUUGUCACGUUGCGAGCAUUUCCACGCGCGAUCAAUGCCGUUUCCCUCUGCGAUUAAAGAGAAAAUUUGUUACGAUCCUUCGACAAUCUCCGCACGACUCGAUUCGUUGUCGCGCAGACUGUACUUUCCCGGUACCCUAGAACAUAAAAUAUAUCGGUUAGAUAUAUGUGUGGCCAUAAAGAUAAGAAACCGCUAACGUAUCUUUUGGUUAUGUACAUAUCAGUAUUGAAUUUCUGCAAUAAGACUCUUGACUACAGAGUAUUUAAAGACCGAUAUCCCUUUAGGGACGCGAAAAUGGCUGAAUUGGGAUCGGGAGAUAGAUGUCCGCGAAGAGAGGAGAAUCGAGAGAUUACGACGGUCGAGAUAAAUUCGUGAGACUUCGACAAGCUUAUACAAGUAGAAAGAGCAAGCAGCUUCGCGACGGUAUCAAAAUUGACGUCUACAAUUCUAAUUUCUUUUACCCAUUCUCCUUCGACGUGAGACGCUGCUGCAGUUCGACGCGAGCCGACCGCCAUUUUGUUAGGAAAUUCGCGCUAUUGUCGAAUACGGGUCGAUGUAUCGAUGCGAAUAUCGAUUUUAAUUCGCUUGCACGACGAACCUCAGCGAGAUGGCGUAACGGUCCAAUGAAGGAAGAUAUGGUAGCGUUGCACGUGGUUAUGUGUACAACGCAUCUGCGUACUUUGUGUUGACACGUUCCCGAAAUUUGGCGAAUGAUAACUGGAUCAAACUUUGGAUCAAGCUUGAAUUGUAAUAGUUGAUUGUCUCGCGAUUAUUACAAUUGCUGAACGCCAUGUCCACCAGCAACGCCGCUGAUACGCGUAAAGGCUGUGCCGGCAAUGACAGGAAUCGCUACACCCAUGGAUCAAGACGGAGAGGUAGCUACCAGCACAAAUCUGGCGGAAGGGGCUUCAAACGCUCAUUUGAUCGGUCACCGCGAGAGAACGUAAAGAGAAAUAAAUUAGAUGUCGGCAGUAGACUAAAAGAAUCUGACAUAGGAAUUACAGAAUACAUCGACAAGCACCCUGGCUUUUCUGCCAUCAUCAAAGAAAGAUACACCGAUUUUCAUGUCAAUGAGAUAGAUCUUGAGGGACAAGUAACAAAACUGACUCAUCAAAACAUCCCACGUGAUCCCUCUAAUAAUGAAAAUCUUGAAGAUUUGAAAACGUUGGUGUCGCCGGCGAUAUGGGACGAACUGCAAGUCUUGGGAAAAGAAAAUCCUUCGAGUGUGGAAAUUGAUGUGACUAGUAUUGAUAAAGAUGCACGUAGAACUAUUCAUAUGAUUGCGAAGAAAUUAGCGAAUGUUGUCAGCCAGACAGUAGACAAAGGCGACAAAAAGUUCCUCACAAUUGUUCCGAAUACUGAAAACGAUAAAAAUGCUCACAAGAUGCGCAAAGAUAAGAGAAUAGAUUGGAGCAGAUGCGGCGGGGAUUACUGCCACUUUCUGCUGCACAAGGUAAACAUGGACACAAUGGGUGUUGUGAAUCAGUUGGCAGCGAACUUGCGGUUACAGCCGAAUAACUUUUGCUACGCCGGUACGAAAGACCGCCGAGCGUGGACAACUCAGUGGAUGAGUUUGAGGAAGGUAGAGCCACAGAGCAUAUUGAGGGCAAGUAAAGGUAUACGUGGUGCCUAUGUAGGGAACUUUAAGUACGCUAAAGACAGCCUGAAAUUAGGAAUGCUGCGCGGCAAUCAAUUUAGGAUCGCGCUGAGAAAUGCUCGUGAGACAGACGAAAAAAUCGAGCAAGCGAUGACGUCGUUACGUGACAACGGCUUCAUUAAUUAUUACGGUUUACAAAGAUUUGGCUCCGUACCUACUAUACCCACACAUGAAAUUGGGAAAUGUCUACUUCAGGGUAAAUGGCAUGAGGCGAUCGAAUUAAUUUUAAAACCACGACCAGAAAACGACAAGGAAUUAGCAGAGGCUAGACAAAUCUACGCGGAAACUAAGGACGCCCGUGCUGCCUAUGCGAAGCUCAAGAGAAUCGACACGAUCGAGGCUAGACUUCUGAAAGGCCUCCAAACAAUGGGUGACAAAAAUCCUCAAGGCGUGCUCGACUCAGUCCCGCGAAACAUUCGAUUAAUGUAUAUUCACGCUUAUCAAAGUUUCGUGUGGAAUCAUGUCGUGUCGAAAAGAAUAAAACAGUUCGGAACAGUUCCAGUCGUAGGCGAUUUAGUUUAUGACAAACAGAAUCGCAAGGAAAUUGUAAGUGACGAAACUACGGAUUAUCCUUUGAAUGACAAUGAUGACAUUAAAGAUAAAACCGAUACUGCUUUCGUCGAAGAAAAAGAUAUUGAUCCAAUGUCGAGUGAAGCGAGUAAAGAAAAUUUGGAACAGAAUGAUUUUCCAACAGUGAAAAUUCUUACAGAAGAGGAUCUGUCAAAUUAUACCCUGGCUGAUGUGAUCAUACCCCAGCCUGGAUGGAAAGUUACAUAUCCAACGUAUGCAAAGGCUUGGUUCGAUAAAUUUUUAGCAAAGGAUGGAUUAACUACCGAUCUCAGGCAAAACAAUAAAAAAUACAGCUUGAGUGGAGCCUAUAGAAAUAUAUUAGAAAUUCCGACGAGUCUAUCUUGGAGAAUUAUGCAUUAUGAAAAUAAACAUGACGAUCUAAUUUUAUCAGAUAUUGACGAAAUGAGGAAGUUCACAUCCCCACAGGAUAAGCCAGAUGGAAAGAACAAAGCGUUGAUUAUAGAAAUGUGUUUAAAGCCUAGCAGUUAUGCCACAAUGGCCCUACGUGAAAUUUUAAAGAACGAUACUUCAGCGGAAACGCAGGCCGCUCUAUCCGCUGCACAGGAUGCAGAGAAUACACAACUUGAUACAAGCACUGUACAUGAAUGCAAUAGCAAAAACCUGACGGAAAAUGAGGAAAAUAAUAUAAAGAAAAGUUCUGUCAAAUGCCACGAAGAUGUUGAUGUAAAAACAGAUGAAACAAUGAAGAUAAGUGAUACAGAAGACAUAUCUCAGAUAUGUCAAAGUUCAUUGUAAAAUAUCUUUCAUAAAUAGAUUAUUAUCAUAUACAG